AUGGCGUUCCACAGAACAAUGGCACGGUGCCUAUGGGCAGGCAAGAACGCGGCAGCUAGCGGCGCGGGCGCGGCCAUUCCCAAACCUCCCGCUCCCCAUCCCCCGGCACGGCGGUCUCUGCCGGCCGUGGACGACUGCCCGACACUCGCAUUCCUUCGGCCGAAGCCGACCGCGGUCGGGUACGCCACCGCGACCGUCCCACUCCCAGCGCACUGCUUCCCCGCCCUCCCCAUCGGCGACCACCUCUUCCACCGCCUCCAGCUCGACGGGCUUAUACCUCCCGUGAGCACGACGACGCGGCCGCCGCCGGAGCAUGCGGGCGUGACGGUGGAGCAGGCGAGGAAGGUGGCGAGGGCGGCCGAGAUGGAGGUGGCGCGGGCGAGGCUGAGGUCCAACGCCCAGAGCGUCGUGUCCGGGUCGGAAUUCGCCGCGCUCUGCGUCGACAUUGCCGGCGGCGUCGAGGGCGGCCGCAGGCUGGGCCGUGCCCUCGAUGAGUCCGGCGGCGUCAUCGUCCUCGGCGACGCCGUCUUCCUCCGCCCCGACAUGGUAGCGAAGGCCAUCGGAAGCAUCCUCCCCGGGAAACAGCAGAUGCAGCAGGCGCCGCGCGCUGGAGACGGGAGCGAGGCGCCCAAGCGCGAGCUGGAGGCCAUGGAGGCGCAGAAGGCGGCGAUCGACGCGGACGCGGCGGCGCAUGUGCGGCGCGAGCUGUGGUGCGGGCUGGGCCUGGUGGCGAUGCAGACGCUGGGGUUCAUGCGGCUCACCUUCUGGGAGCUGUCGUGGGACGUGAUGGAGCCGGUGUGCUUCUACGUCACGUCGCUCUACUUCAUGUCCGGCUACGCCUUCUUCAUGCGCACCGCCACGGAGCCGUCCUUCGAGGGCUUCUUCCGGAGCCGCUUCGCGUCCAAGCAGCGCCGCCUCAUGCGGGCGCGCGGGUUCGACGUCCACCGCUACAACGCCCUGCGGAAAGCGCAGGGGCUCCUUCCUCUCGGCGACCCCGACGCGUGUAGGCACGUCAGCCAUGUACAAUAG